GGCUUUGGGCGGAAGCGACUUUGUAGCCUCGGAGCAGCGAGAUGGGGGUGAAGCUGGAGGUGUUUCGGAUGACGCUCUACCUCACCUUCCCUGUGGCUAUGUUCUGGAUUGCCAAUCAGGCCGAGUGGUUUGAGGACUAUGUUGUACAGCGCAAGAGAGAGCUGUGGCCACCUGAGAAGGAGGACCAGCGCCAAGAGCUAGAAGAAUUCAAAGAGAGGAUACGGAAGCAGCGGGAGGAGAAGCUCCUUCGAGCUGCCCGGCAGAGCUCCUGAGCCUCCAAGUGCCUGAGUCGUAGGCCCUCCACCCAGAAAAUAACACACAUAUGGUUCUUUGUU